AUGUGUUACAACAAAUUAUUAUUAUUCUCUGUGUUAACUUUUGUCCUUUUCAGAGAGAUAAACAUGAACUGUGCCUGACAAACUUUCCCCGAGAUAAAGCAGAACUAUGAAAAUCAACAGGAAACCAGUCACAUCAGAGCACACGUUGCAUGAACUCGUGAGCAAGCCCCAACUAUCGCAUUCUGCCUUCACUUUAAAGCAGACUUUCUCACAGAACACUUAUAUUUGUUUGUAUAUUUUAUCUGGGUGUGUACUUAGAAGCUUAGAAGGUAAAUAACUUCACUGUUAUAAUCUACUGUAUAUUGUUUGCCUUUGCAUACUAUUGCUGAACCGGUGUGAACUCACACUCUUUUUUGUAUUAGUUAAGCAGGUACUCAUAACAGAAAGUGACAUCAUCACACAUGGCAUGUUGGGAUUUCCCUAAUAAUACAUAUUUGUGGUUUUUUUUUUUUUUUUCGUUUCCAUUGUGGUUCACCAUUAGCUCUUUAUAAGGAUCCACUGUGUUGUACUUUUGUAUGAUGUGCUCGGAAAAUUUACAAGAUACUUAGGAGUGGAAAAUAUUGACAUCAUGUUAGAAGUAAUGCAAGAUGAAUGAUGGAAUGCGAGUGUUCUACAUGUCAAGAUCUGUUGUGUAGGAAGCCUUCGAUAUGACUGUGCCUCCAGCUUCGAUUUCACCCGUGAAUCAAACAUGUGGCCGUUACUACAGUUGAGAGGAUGACGGUUGUCACAUGGUGCAUUUCCUCUCAGUGGCACUCUAUCAAGUUUAGACCCCAUUUCCUCGCCAGCCUUCCUCAGUCAAAGCAUCUGUCCCUCCAUCUACAACUGCCACACACGUGCCCACCUGCCUACUUUGCCUCGCUGCUUACAAAGGUAAUAGGUGACCAUUCCACCCCAUCAUGAAGGGGAAUACCAGCAGGACGCAGCUCGAUAACGCCACCCUGACACUGUUUCGGGAUGUGAACACCAGCACUAUCAUAUCUGUUAUAUACGUGCUUGUCACCAUCAUCAACUGGGUGGGAAAUGGCCUAUCAAUGUGGCUCCUGCUGUUUCGUACCUCCCCAAAAACACCCUCCAUCAUAUUCAUGAUUAAUCUAACUCUCACCGACUUGGCUCUUGGCUCCGCCCUCCCCUUUCAAAUCGCCUACCAGCUCCAAGGAUACAACUGGAAAUUGGGGUCCAAUAUGUGCAGCUUCAUGACCCUCGUUUUCUACACCAACAUGUAUUGUUCUAUCCUGACGAUGAUGGCCAUCGGCAUUGACCGCUACCUGGGCAUCGUGAAGCCCAUGAAGUUCCGGAAGAACAAGAGGAGAAAACCUAUUGCUGUCUUCAGCUGCCUUCUGAUGUGGGGUUUGGUCCUGGGUAUUUUGUACCCUCUUAUGACCACCGACCUGACCUUUGAGGUCCCGGAGCUCCAGAUCACCACAUGCUUUGACGUGCUGAAAAAAAGCAUGCUGCCGUCUGUGGGUGCCUGGGCUGCUUUCCUGUUCAGCAUGGUGGUUUUUCUUUUCCUUUUUCCUUUCUGUGUCACAAUGUUCUGCUACGUUAGCGUCAUAUACAAGCUGUCCAGUGAUUCCAAGACUGUCCAGAAAGGGAGAGCCAUACGUCUGGCUGUUGUCGUUCUGCUGGUCUUCGUGAUCUGCUUUGCUCCAAACAACAUCCUCUUAUUGGUUCACAGUGUCCUUAGACUCUUCUAUGACAAGUCUGUGUACAUGGCCUACAAGCUUUCUCUCUGUUUUAGCUGUCUGAAUAGCUGUUUGGAUCCUUUCAUUUAUUACUUUGCUUCAAAGGAUUUCAGGCAGAAGCUGAGAGAGAUAAUGAAUCUGCAGAGCGUGAGUAGUGCAGACUCUAUAAGGAUGGAGAACAAAGAGACUUUGUACUCUGGAUAAGCAGAUUUAGAAGGUGAAGAAACAUGUUCAGGUGCCUUUGCGAUGCCGUAACUACCCUAACAAUGUGAAAACUAAAGAAAGACUUGCGAAAGAAAACAAGUCGCUAAAGGAAAGGAGGGGUUUUGGGAUCUUGCAACAUACGUUCUUGGUCCAUAUUGCAAAAUAUUCAUACAUCUAUUUCUUCCCUUAACAAUAGCUUUUAAGGUUUAAGCUGUUGGAUAGUGACUAAAAUGUUAUUGGUCCAAUCAUAGUUUUGUGUGUUUUCUCCAUUUUAAAUGUAAUCAAGUGGUUGAAAAAUUGCGGAGUGCCACAAGCAUGUAUGUUUGUCCCACAGUCAUUUAGCUUGUUCACCAAUCAUCAGAUCUUCCAUAGGUGUUACAAAUUGUAACCUGAUAUCUGCAGAUGUUGCAAUAAUACACACUCAUAUGAAUUAGUGACUGUUAGUAUUGUUGCAUAAAACGGGCAGUUCCUCAGCUUACACAGACAGAAUGUAUUUUACAAAAAUCCUAUGAAAGAUCUAUCCAAAUAUCAGUAUAUAAAUUGGGCUGAACAAGUAUGGAUGUCAAAAAGUGUCUUAAGAAGUUGUAUGGUAGUACAAUGAAAUAAAAUGUAACAAGCAUAAAGGUCAGAAAUUAGUUAUCUGUGUCCACUAAUCCUUACCCUGCUUACUGUAAACAAGCAACUUCAAACCCCGUAACAUCACUUUAUACUCAAGCCUUCAUAAAACAAAUUCUUUUCACUGUUUUAUGAUUAUACUUUAUUAUAAGCAAACUCUGUACUCAGACGGUUUGUCUUGUUUUUAAAUUUGUUAAAAAAUAUAAUGGAGUCAUACUGGAGGUUUUUGAACAACGUUCAGACAGUGAGAUCUUCAAAGUUUGCUGAGUGUAGAACCUUGUUAUUGAAUACAUACUAACUAAAAUAAGAUUUUGAACUUUUUACGUUACAAUAGGAUUUGCUGCUGUUUAAAUGAAAGAGUGAUAAACGUCAGCCAACAGCAUGUGCUGAUAUUUAACAUCACAUCAUGGCUGUUAUUUUUGCAAAAAUAUGUAGCAUCCAGAAAUGUGGACUGUUGUAAAAAUGUACAUAUUAUGUUAGCCUACCAUCCCCAAAUAAGUUUUAUCUUAAGGUUGUUGUUUUUUUUUAUCUGUUUAUAAAAAUGUCCGCGUUUUGUGGUGUAUAAAUGUAUGAAAUUAGCAAUGUUGUCCUUAUGUUUUAUUAAAGUAUAUAAAUGA